CCUUAAUUCCCUGGCCGCCGCCAGCACUCCUCCCCUUCUACUUCUUUCUUCCUCCCGUAGCUAGUUUCCCUGGCCGAUCCCCUUGCUGCUCCCUCCUCCCUUGAGCUCCCCAGGCGCCUCCCUCCUCCUAGCGCCCUCCCUCACGAGCUCCUCUCCUGGCGCCCUCCUCUCCUCCCCUGCUGCUCCACCUCACCGGCGUCGCCCCCUCGCCUGCUGUGGCCUCACGCUCGGCGCCGCCCGUCGCCGCGCCGCUCUUCCUCUCCCCGGCCUCGCGCGCUUACUGCCUCCCCGCGCGCGCGCCUCCCCUGCUCCGCCUCUCUGCCCCGCGCUCGCCCGCACGCCCUUCUCCCUCUGCGCCGGAGCCGCCUCCUCCCGCGUCCGCCCCGCACGCCCUCCUCUCCCCGGGCGUCCCUCGCUCCCCGCACGCCUCCGCCUCCGCCUGGCCGCCCGCGCGCACGCCCUCUCUUCCUGCUCCGCCCUCCACCGCGCGUGCCAGCGACCACCUCCUCCCGGCCUCUGUUCCUGGCCGCGACGCCCGCCUGCCGUGGCCUCGCGCCGACGGCCUCCCUCGCCUGCUGUGAGCCGCCGGCGACCGCCUCCACGCACGCCGCCCGCCUGCAACGCUCCCCACCAGCCUCCUCUGCCUCCCGCCCGAAUGCCCGAGCAAGCCCGGCUCGCCCAAGCCCAAACCAGAUCCAAGCCCAGGCCCGUGCCCUCUUUUCCUUUUUCUUCUUUUCCUGAAAUUGUUAAAAUCUUGACGUGUGGGCCCUGCUGGUCAGCGCCUCCUGCUGUGUUGUCAUUGCUCCGCGUCGGGACGCCUCGCUACUGCACGUGUUGCUGCCACACCUCAUCGGCACCGUGGAGACCAACAUCGCCUCGAACCUCCGAGCCGGUCCCGUCGACGACUACAUCGCCUAGGUGAACAGUUACUUCGCCUACGACGACUAUGUGUACGACUACGUCGACUACUUCCUCUACAUCGCGACGUUGCAACGAGUCCAAGGCUGAGCUUGCUUGGGCUUGGAGCGCGCAGCCAGCGAAGCUAAUGUCUCACGGCACGAACGCUGCCGGCAUCUAUUUAUAAUUGGAACAGAUUGCUCCAGAGAGAGAGAGAGAGAGAGAGAGAGAGAGAGGUGCCUCACAGGACGCUUGCGCGAGGACGACGACGGCAACAGGGUGUGUAAGGACAUACCACCUCGGUGCGUAGAGGGAGGAAGAGUGGCGCCUCUGGAAUCACCACGCCGCCGCCGGCCAAGGAGAGUACCUGCGUGGGGGCGGCCUUCAGGCGCGUGGGGGAGGUAGCGUGGUCGUCAGGCCCGUAUGGACGGCAACGCGGUGGUCCGGCGCGAAAGGGGCGGUAGGCAAAGCUCCGCCGCCGGUCGGAGCAAGAACCUAGGCAACGGAGAUGGUUCCAGCGACUGGGAGGGGUGGUGUGCGGUGGCAGGACAGUGUAGGCACGACCUGCGGUGGACGGGCUGGAUGAUGGGCGUGAGGGAUAGCGGGCGUGGAGGCCGCAGGGAACUGGGCGGCGGCGGGGCGCGGUGCAGAAGAGACUCGAUUUGGGGAUUUAGGGUUGGACUGUGCAUAAAAUAGAGCGGCAUCUAUUUUUGUUCCGCGCGUCUGGGCAGAACGUGGAGUUCAAAUUUCGUCCGCGCGCCUGCAGCCCAGUUACCAACGAGCGGUUGGUUGGGGAUUUUUACCGACCGAUAAUUGGUUGGCCAAAAGUCGUAUUGCCGAUCAACAGCUAGACAGCAAACGUUUGCGCAUUCCCGACCGACUGUUGGUUGGCGUAUUUUUUUUAUUCCCGACUGACUGUUCGUCGAGAGUUUUUCGACCUAUUGUUGGUCGGCGAUAGUGACUUUUCCUAACACUCGGUGGUCAGGAAUACUGUGUUGUGGUGUAGUGUAAGGAGGGUCAAAAGGUACACAGGGUCAUCAUGUUGCACCUCUAUCCUCUUUAGGCGAACUCCGGUUGAGUCCGAACUCAAAAUGCCCAUUUGCUUUGAUUCUUUUUGUUGGCCCAGUUACCUAGGGGACCAAAACAAAACAAUUUGAGACUGGUUCUUUGUCCUCUUUAGCCGAACUCUGGUUGAGGUCCGACUGAACAUGCCCAUUGGUUUUGUUUCUUCUGGUCGGCCCAGUGACAUAGGGGACCAAAACAAAAACAAUUCGAGCUAGACGCAGUUGUGGUUUGACUUAGAACAAAUCCAGAACAUUUUAUAUUUAUGAACGGAUGUAGUACUUUCUUUCGAGGAUGCCUGAUGCAUCUCCUCGAUCUCUUGUGAUCUCUCGUUGGUGUUUCAUUUCUCUUUAGGGCAAAUCCUGAUCUUCUCUAACUUCUUGAGGACCGCCAUAAGUCCACAACCUUGGUGUCUCUCAAGAGUAUUAAGCAUGUCAAAAGCUCGGAAAUGAGCUCAACACUUCUCUAGUUCUUGCUCGGCUUGGGGUUAGGGGGGCAGGGAAGGCUCUCAUGAGUGCUUGAAUUUACUUGCGAAAGAGUUGUGUUUUGUUGGGGGUGUCAUGGCGUAGAUAACCCAGAUAUAGAUGGCUAGAAACAACACAUUCCUGGAGUGUCAAGGAUGAGCUAGCGUCUGGUAUCCAAGAUUUUUAUCAACAUAUGAAUUUAACUUAGCUUGCCGAUGCUUCUUGUUCACCCAUCAAUAACCUAGUUUUAGUGGUAUAAAGAAGAUUGUCCUCACGCUUUUGUAUACUGUGUUAUAAAGCAUCAAACUAGGCUGAGACCGGUAGUUGUUCUUUCUUUUCUUUUUGAAGAAAAAACUUUUUUUGCCAACAUGCAGAGGGGGGGUUGUAUCCUGCAGGUGAGUUUAUCUCCGAAAAUUGGGGUUCAAGUGGCUGUGAGGAUAUAGGAGGAAAACUAUGCGCAAAAUACCCAGAAAUCCUCCGGCUGAAAACGGGCCGGCUGAGGACGCCCUCAAGCCCGAGUUUCUGCAGGAGAUGAAAGAUCUCACUCCCCCGCCCGGUGUGCCGUGGGCCAUCAUAAGUGAUUUUAACCUUAUCUAUGAGGUCCGCGACAAAAACAAUCUCAACCUCUGCCGCCGCCUAAUGGGCCAAUUUAGGGCUGCCAUCGACCACGCGGAGCUCCUCGAGCUGCACUGCUCCAACCGCAAGUUCUCUUGGAGUAACAAGCGCGAAAAUCCCACGCUCGUGAAGCUCGAUCGCAUCUUCUGCUAUGCUGCUUGGGAUGCCUUGUUCUCUCCCUGCUCUGUCCAGGCGCUCUCCACGUCCCACUCCGACCACUGCCCCCUCCUCGUCGCCCAAUUCCGCGGGCUGGCGCGCAAGGCCUGCUUCCGCUUCGAGAACUUCUGGCCUAAGCACCCAGGUUUCUUCCCUACCGUCGUCUCGGCCUGGGGAGAGCAGAUUUCUUCUCCAAACCCGCUCACAUGUCUUCGCAUCUUGCUUGGUCGCACGGCCCGCGCCCUUCGGUCCUGGAGCAAGGGGCUGUUCAGCGACGCCCGUUCCCAGCUUCAGAGAUCAUCCUCCGUCUCGAUGAAGCGCAGGACAACCGGCCUCUCUCUCCCCUCGAAUUCCACCUCCGCAAGGCUCGUUCACCUCUUCUUCGAGUGCCCCUUCGCCCGUUUCAUUUGGUGUGAGGUUGCGGGCUGGCGCAACUGCUCCGGUUUGGACUCGGCGCUGCGCAGGGAUGCCACCUCCUUUGGGUCCUGCUACGACCUCGCGAUCGGGAACUCGCCGGUUGGUCACUGCAUGGGAGCUAGCUCCCUUUUCAUCCUUGUUUGCUGGUCCAUUUGGCGGGAGAGAAACUUCCGGAUUUUUCAUGACAAGGACACUUCAGCUCGCCAGAUCGUCUGCUUCAUCAACAACGAAGCCCAGGAAUGGGCCUUCGCCCGCGCUAAGGCCUUGCGGAAACUCCUUUGGGAACCACCUUGAGUUUCCUUUUUUCCUAGUUUCUUUCCUUUUCUUCCUUUCUUUUCUUUCUCUUUCGCCUUCGGGCGGCUCUGUACAUAUUUUCCCUCUGCUUUAAUAUAUGGAAGCCAGCAGUUGCUGGACCUUUCAAAAAAAAAAACAGAAAUCUGGUAGAACAUGGCGAGCUGCGGUUAUCAGGACAAAUACUUGUUGGGGGAUGAUCCGGUGGGGUGGGGCCGUGUAGGUGGAUUCUGU